AGACGAGAGAGAGAGAGAGAGAGAGAGAGAGAGAGAGAGAGAGAGAGAGAGAGAGAGAGAUAGGACUUCCUCCCCGAUCGCAAAGUGAAGUCACUUCCCAAAAUUAGCUGAAAAAAAGUUUCAUCCGGUUAACUGUCUCUUUUUCGAUCCGCUACAACAACAAACGUGCACAGGGGAGCGAGGGCAGGGCGCUCGCAGGGGGCACUCAGAGAGGGCCCAGGGCGCCAAAGAGGCCGCGCCGGGCUAAUCUGAAGGGGUACGAGGUCAGGCUGUAACCGGGUCAAUGUGUGGAAUAUUGGGGGGCUCGGCUGCAGACUUGGCCAAAUGGACGGGACUAUUAAGGAGGCUCUGUCAGUGGUGAGUGACGACCAGUCCCUUUUUGAUUCAGCAUACGGAGCGGCAGCCCAUCUCCCCAAGGCAGACAUGACUGCUUCGGGGAGUCCUGACUACGGGCAGCCCCACAAAAUCAACCCCUUGCCACCACAGCAGGAGUGGAUCAACCAGCCAGUGAGGGUCAAUGUCAAGCGGGAGUAUGACCACAUGAAUGGAUCCAGGGAGUCUCCAGUUGACUGCAGUGUCAGCAAAUGUAACAAGCUGGUGGGCGGAGGCGAAGCCAACACCAUGAACUAUAAUAGCUACAUGGAUGAGAAGAAUGGUCCCCCUCCUCCCAACAUGACCACCAAUGAACGGAGAGUCAUUGUGCCUGCAGACCCCACACUGUGGACACAGGAGCACGUUCGACAGUGGCUGGACUGGGCCAUAAAGGAGUACGGCUUGAUGGAGAUUGACACUUCCUUCUUCCAGAACAUGGAUGGCAAGGAAUUGUGUAAAAUGAGCAAGGAGGACUUCCUCCGAGCCACCUCCCUCUACAACACAGAAGUGCUGUUGUCGCACCUCAGUUACCUCAGGGAAAGUUCACUGCUGGCCUAUAAUACAACCUCCCACACAGACCAGUCCUCACGACUGAAUGUCAAAGAAGUUUCCAAACUACAAGGGAGGCUUUGAAACAUCUCAUAAAGA